AGUCCCUAGGGAACUUCCUGUUGUCACCACACCUCUGAGUCAUCUGAGCUCACUGUGAGCAAAACCCUGCAGUGGAAACUCUUAAGCCUCUGCGAAGUAAAUCAUUCUUGUGAAUGUGACACACGAUCUCUCCAGUUUCCAUAUGUUGAGAUUCUACUUAUUCAUCAGUUUGAUAUGCUUGGCAAGAUCAGACACAGAAGAAACAUGUCCUUCAUUCACCAGGCUGAGCUUUCACAGUGCAGUGGUUGGUACGGGACUAAACGUGAGGCUGAUGCUCUACACGAGGAGAAACCUGACCUGCGCACAAACUGUCAACUCCUCAGAUUUUGGGAACUUGAAUGUGACCAAGAAAACCACCUUCAUUGUCCAUGGAUUCAGGCUAACAGGCUCCCCUCCUGUUUGGAUGGAGGACUUAGUAAAGGGUUUGCUCUCUGUUGAAGACAUGAACGUAGUUGUUGUUGAUUGGAAUCGAGGAGCUACAACUUUAAUAUACAGCCAUGCCUCUAGUAAGACCAGAAAAGUAGCCAUGGUCUUGAAGGAAUUUAUUGACCAGAUAUUGGCAGAAGGAGCUUCUCUUGAUGACAUUUACAUGAUUGGAGUAAGUCUAGGAGCCCACAUAGCUGGGUUUGUUGGAGAGAUGUACGAUGGACAGCUGGGGAGAAUUACAGGCCUCGACCCUGCGGGCCCUUUAUUCAACGGGAAACCUCACCGAGACAGAUUAGAUCCCAGUGAUGCACAGUUUGUUGAUGUCAUCCAUUCCGACAUUGAUGCACUGGGCUACAAGGAGCCAUUAGGACAUAUAGACUUCUACCCAAAUGGAGGAUUGGAUCAACCUGGCUGCCCCAAAACAAUAUUUGGAGGAUUUCAGUAUUUUAAAUGUGACCACCAGAGGUCUGUGUACCUGUACCUGUCUUCCCUGAGAGACAGCUGUGCCAUCACUGCAUACCCCUGUGACUCCUACCAAGAUUAUAGGAAUGGCAAGUGUGUCAGCUGUGGUGCAUCACAGAAUGAGUCUUGUCCCCUUCUGGGCUAUCAUGCUGAUAAUUGGAAAGACUAUUUAAGGGAGAAAGAUCCUCCAAUGACGAAGGCAUUCUUUGACACAGCUGAGGAGAACCCAUUCUGCAUGUAUCAUUAUUUUGUGGAUAUUAUAACAUGGAACAAGAAUAUCAGAAGAGGGGACAUUACCAUCAAAUUGAGAGACAAAGCUGGAAACACAACAGAAUCCAAAAUCAAUCAUGAACCCACCACAUUUCAGAAAUAUCACCAAGUGAGUCUACUUGCAAGAUUUAAUCAAGAUCUGGAUAAAGUGGCUGCAGUUUCCUUGAUGUUCUCUACAGGAUCUAUAAUAGGCCCAAGGUACAAGCUCAGGAUUCUCCGAAUGAAGUUAAGGUCCCUUGCCCAUCCGGAGAGGCCCCAGCUGUGUCGGUAUGAUCUUGUCCUGAUGGAAAACGUUGAAACAGUCUUCCAACCUAUUCUUUGCCCUAAGUUGCAGAUGUAACUGUUGCCAGGACACAUGGGCAUCAAUAAUAGAAAGAAAGCUACAACCACAGGCUGUUUGAAAGCUUCACCUCACCUUUUCUGCAAGGCACAAAAAGUAUGAAAAAACCAAGGCUUUUUUCAGUAGCAUCUUAUGGAUGUCACAUUAUACAACAUCAAACAACCUUGUGAUUAUAAAACGAUCCUGGGAAGGGAGCCCCUAACUAGGGCAAGUCAGAAAUAGCCAGGCUCGUGGCAGCCCAGGGCUGUGUCUGCUGCGUCCUGGGGCCUCGUUUGUUCCGACCUGUCAAUUCUGCUGCCUGUCACGUGGGUGGUUCUGCCCAUCGCGGCUGCAGGUCAAGCAUCUUCAAGGGAAGGACGGACUGGAGGCCUCACCGUGGACUCAACUCUGCAUUCUCUGUGCCACCUUCCUCCAGUUCCCACUCGUAGAAGGGAACGAAACUGACGUCUACCUCAUGGGGCUGCUGUGUGGGUUUGGGAGGCAAGUCUAUGAAGGGUUUUUUGAAAUCCCAUAGGUGUCACAUCUAUGAGAUGUUUGAUAAAUGUGAAUAUGCUUUUAUUUAUUUUCAUGGGGCUUAUCUAAUUUGCAAUGAGAGAGCCUCUCUCUCUCUCAACGCCAGCUUCUCUCUCAGGCUGUUUGUUCUGGGAAGGCACGAAAGCCACGUGCUGGCCCUCUGCCUUCUCUAAAGUGUUGUUGGAGCAUGGAGGAGCUGGAGGAGGUGGGGAUGGACUGACAGCUAAGAGGGCGGCUGCUGGGACUAGAUAGUAAGUGGAUGAAGAAAGAAGGAAGAGGAAGCUGUGGGGUAGCCUCUCCACAUGGGGACCGGCGAUGGAGCAUGAGGCAAGAGAAGGAAAAGCAGAGCUUGUUUUUCACCCAAGGUGGAGAAGGAUCACUUUACAGGUGACCCUCAUUUUAAGCAACCCUUAAGCAAUGUUCACAUUUCUUUAUUACCAAUGUAAUCUACGAUUAUUGAAGGAAAUUUGGAAAAUGCAUAGAUACAAAAUAAAAAAAAAUACUAUUCACGAUGCCACCUAUGAGAGGUAAUUAAUGUUAGCCUUUUGGAACAAGGCUAUCACUUGUUUUGCUAACAUGUGUAUUCAAAGUAUGAACCGGUUUGCUUUUGGAGAAUCUGAAGCCUCCAGUUUGAGGAAUCCUUUGCUUCCCUGGAGGUAGAUGUGAAUCUAGAAUGACAGCAGGAGUCCGGUCAAGAGGUCCUGUCGGGCUGAGGCCAGAAAGAAGGGAAGACAAUCCCUGGGGCCAGAUGUCCAGUGUGAGGGGAGGCACCAUCUGUCCCAUGGCUGUGGCCACUGUAGGAAGGUCUGUGAAGUGCCACAGGCCCAGUCACCUCCUCCUCACCCAAGUGAUUGCUCCUUCAACUGCUAUCUGUGAAAACAGCCCUUGUUAUGAAGAAAUUGACUCUCUCUCUUUUUCUUUUGAGACGGAGUCUCACUCUUGUUGCCCAGGCUGGAGUGCAAUGGUGCGAUCUCGGCUCACUGCAACCUCCACCUCUCGGGUUCAAUUGAUUCUCCUGCCUCAGGAGUAGCUGAGAUUACAGGCAUGUGCCACCACACCUGGCUAACUGUUGUAUUUUUAGUAGAGACAGGGUUUCACCAUGUUGGCCAGGCUGGUUUUGAACUCCUGCCCUCAGGUGACCCACCUGUCUCGGCCUCCCAAAGUGCUGGGAUUACAGGCAUGAGCCACCACACCCGGCCAAGAAAUGGAUUCUCUAUGCCAUAAAUUAAAGAAAUCUAUAAAUAUAUUCCCGAGUGGCAUAUCUUCUUACAGAUUUACAUUUGCAUCAAAUACAGAGUCUGUUUUAUUUAAGUGAGGGAUGACUGAACUCUGAGUGGAACAAGCUCUUGGACAUCUUACUAUCCUUCCUGCUCCUUCCCACAUUUCCUCAGCAAUUGUGGAUAGAGAGAUCAGUGUGCUGUAGACUCUGUUUUUUUUUUUUUUUUUUUUUUUUUUUGAGAUGGAGUCUCAUUCUGUUGCCCAGGCUGGAGUACACUGGCACAAGCUUGGCUCAAUGCAACCUCUGCCUCCCGGGUUCAAGCAAUUCUCUGCCUCAGCCUCCCAAGUAGCUGGGAUUACAGGUGCCCACCACCACGCCUGGCUAAUUUUUGUAUUUUUAGUAGAGACCCAGUUUCACCAUCUUGGCCAGGCUGGCUUUGAACUCCUAACCUCGUGAUCCACCCGCUUUGGCCUCUCAAAGUUGUGGGAUUACAGGUGUGAGCCACUGCACCCGGCGGCCCUGGUUUCUUCUUAGAGUUUUAUUGGUCCGUAUUUUGAUCUGCACAGUCACUUUUUUGUUCUCUUUCCUUUCCUGGUAAGCAGGGAGUGAAAACAAUAGCAACAAAAUGCCUGAAAUAGAAUUUGUACCAAUUUGUAAACUCUGGGCUAACGGGUCUCCUAGCCCAGUACCUGGCUCACUGUAGGACGGGUAGAUGGAUGAAUGAAUGGAUAAAGAAAGGAAGUUUGUUCACUGGAGAGGGGAUGAAUUUCAAUAAGUUUCAUGUAACAGUGAUCAGGAGAAACAAAGGCAGUUACAA